GCAUGACGCAGUGAUGUCGGAAAGCGAGGAAGAGACGAGCAGCGCCGCCGACUGGCCCGUCACCGAGGAAUGGCUCCAGGCCGUCCUCCGGCACCACCACAAGCACCUGGAGGACGACGCCGCCGCCAUCACCGUCGUCGAUUUCACAGUGAAACCGGGCUGUGACGCCGGCGAGAGCGUCCUCAGUGAUAUUCUCGCCGUCGCCGUCAAAUACUGCCUCAAAGACGACCCAGUCGCGCACUGUCUCAGCUUCAUCAUCAAACUCCUGCCCCAGGACCCCUUCAGUCGGUAUUUCGUCACCGAAGCACAAUUCGAUCUCAGAGAAAUCAAGUUCUACACGCAAGUUGUGCCCGACUUGGAAUCGUUCAAAUCGCAACACCUCGCGCCCGCCUCCCCCCUGCCGCUCCCCAUCCCGCAAUGCUACUACGCGCACUACUCCCCCGGGAGCCCCGAGCCCGAGCCGAGUCCCCCUGAAUCCGUCCUCGUCCUGGAGAACAUCAAACCUUCCGGUUACAGCAGUGCCGAUUUUUCGCGCGGUUUAACCCUCCGUCAGACGACAUCGGCCGUCGAUGCCAUCGCUCGCAUCCAUGGCCUCUCCCUCGCCCUUAAAAUCAAAGAGGGAAAAUCGCUCGUGGAACGCUACCCUUUUCUCUUCCAAACGACUCGCGCUUCGGACUCGUACCAACAACUCGUCGAACGCGGUCUCCCCCAACUAUCACAAUUCCUCGAACGCCGCCCCGGCCAGGAGGGGGUGCUGGCCGCACUGAACGACCUCCGACCCCACACCAAAGACAUCAUCGAGAAUCUGCUCGCGCCCGAAGAACCAAUGGCUCUGAUCACGCACACGGACUUCUGGUGCAAUAAUCUCAUGUUCCAGGAGGAUGAAAAUGUGAGCACUUGUGCCAUUUUGGAUUGGCAGAUGGUGACGUAUAGUCGGGCAACCAAUGAUUUGGCUUUGUUGCUCAUCAGUUCGGUGCCGGCCGAGCUGAGACGAUUACACACGGAGAAGUUGCUCGAUGGUUAUUGGACGAAUUUGACGGAGACUUGUUGUCGGUUCAAGUUGGAUGUGGAGAAGGAACUCGGUUAUAACCGGAAACAAUUGGGUGAGGAUUAUAAACGGUCGCAACUUUUGGCUUUGCUCCUUUGUAUCGGUUCGGUGGAUUUGGCUUUGGGAAAUGCUCAGAUGGAAGAACGGCUUCUUGCACUGCUACAGGACCUUUACGACGAAGGGCUGCUUAAUGCCGACGUGGCCAAAAAAUAACACGAAAUGUGGAUGCGAUUCAAUCGGCUAGUGACUUUGUUCUUGCUUCGAAAUGUGUUCCGUGCCAAUUUUACGUUCAGUUGUAGAAUAACUAAAUGAUUGUGUAUUUUGUAACGAUGUGCGAUGACUUUUGGUCAAUAAAAGAGAAAGAAACUUGAUUAA